GGAUCACACAGAAGGGCUAAAGAUUCAUUUACUGCAUUUAUUACUCGUCCUGUCAAUCACUUGGUGUGUUUACCCCCCCCCCCCCGACCAAUAACGAGCCGGAUGCGCGCGCACGCACGCACGCGCUGCACUGGGGUGAUGCUCGUGACGCUGCUGAGGGACAGAGCGCGAGCUGAUCUCAGACCGCAGUGUCUCCGUCAGCACGCGGGACCAUCGCGCAGCUGCACCGCGGGAACGGAGCGGGAACCCCGUGAUGAGCGGCGGAGUGUACGGGGGAGAUGAAGUAGGAGCGUUGGUAUUUGACAUCGGCUCUUUUUCCACCAGAGCAGGUUAUGCUGGAGAGGAUUGUCCAAAGGUGCAGCUAUACACCUCCAUCUAUACAGCUGACUUUCCUACAUCACUCGGGGUGCGCGUGGAGGAGGCGGGGUCUGGGGAGAUGACUGGCGAACAGGAGAACAACAGGCGGAGCUUUUACCUCGACACCACAGCACUGCAUGUUCCCCGAGCAGAAGUUGAGCUGAUAUCACCUCUAAAAAAUGGCAUGAUUGAAGAUUGGGAAGGUUUUCAGGCUAUAAUGGAUCACAUUUACAGUAAACAUAUCAAGUCUGAACCAGGCCUGCAUCCAGUGCUCAUGUCUGAGGCUCCAUGGAACUCGCGGGCUAAGAGAGAGAAGCUGACUGAGCUGAUGUUUGAACAUUACGACAUUCCCGCCUUCUUCCUCUGCAAAACUGCAGUGCUCACAGCUUUUGCGAAUGGACGUGCCACUGGACUUGUAUUGGACAGUGGAGCCACACACACCACGGCCAUUCCAGUGCAUGAUGGGUACAUCUUGCAGCAAGGUAUAGUGAAAUCCCCACUGGCUGGUGACUUCAUCACAAUGCAGUGUAGAGAAAUGUUCCAGGAGAUGAACAUUGACAUCAUUCCCCCUUACUCGAUUGCUUCCAAGGAGCCUGUGAGAGAAGGAGCUCCUCCAGUCUGGACAAAAAAAGACAAACUGCCUCCUGUAACAAAGUCGUGGCACACAUAUAUGUGCAAUGAGGUGAUUCAGGAUUUUCAGGCCUCAGUGCUUCAGGUUUCUGAUUCAUCGUAUGAUGAACAGGUUGCAGCUCAGAUGCCCACGCUGCACUAUGAGAUGCCGAGUGGGUAUAAUGCGGAUUAUGGAGCCGAGAGGUUACGAAUUCCUGAAGGUCUUUUUGAUCCGUCUAAUGUGAAGGGUUUGUCAGGUAACACCAUGCUGGGAGUCGGGCACGUUGUCACCACCAGCAUCGGCAUGUGUGACAUCGACAUCAGACCUGGUCUGUAUGGGAGUGUCAUUGUAACAGGUGGAAACACUUUACUCCAAGGAUUUACUGAAAGACUCAAUAGGGAGCUAUCACAGAAAGCACCACCAAGUAUGAGGCUAAAGCUGAUUGUGAGUAACAGUUCGAUAGAGCGGCGCUUCAGUUCGUGGAUCGGCGGCUCCAUUUUGGCGUCACUGGGCACUUUCCAGCAGAUGUGGAUCUCGAAGCAGGAGUACGAUGAAGGCGGGAAGCAGAGUGUGGAGAGAAAAUGUCCCUGAAACACAUAGCAAUAACGACAUCCAGGAACUGAUUCCAAUAAAAUCUAACCCAGUGUUCAGUCUGUUCUUUACCCUGUGUAUAUCUGUACCUGAAAUAUGAGCGCGUGCGCACACACACACACACACAAAAUUACAUAAUUUUUAUAGAUCUUAAAUCCCAAAGCAUUUAAAGGUAUUUUUAAAUACAUACAUACAGGCUCAGAAUUGUGUAGCACAGAAUAUAUGAACUGAUGAUAAUGCUGAUAGUGAUACUGAUAAACCUGAACUAAAUUUUAUUAUUUUACUUAUAUUAAUCAACUAUACAAACAUGAAAUUAAAAGCUGGGUCACUUAGGCAAAGACAUAGAACAUAUGAUUAUGUGUUCUCAUCAUAUUAAGAAUUGGACUACGGUUCGGAAGAUCCCAGGUUCAAACCCCACAACCACCAAGUUGCCUUAACCCUCAAAUGUGUAAUGGGAUAAAAAUGUAAGUCGCUCUGGAUAAGAGCGUCUGCCAAAUGUAUGGUUGUUUUGGGGCGUUUCUGUGACCAAUAAUAAUAUGAGCUUUUGGUUAUUUCGACAUUUCUACGACAUCAUUCCAAUAUUCUGAUUUCUGUAAAUUUGACAUGUUUUAAAAACUAAUGAAAAUUUUGGUUCUAGCUGACAUAUUCAAAAACUCAAACAUUCAAACUUAAUGUCUGAACCCUCCCCCCCAUCGACACACACCGACCGGCAGGAUAUCAGUGCUGCGUUUCUGGCCCCGAGUUACGGAUCGGAAGAUCAGCGGUUCGAGCCCCAGCUCAGCCAGGUUGCCGCUGUGGGCCCUUGAGCAAGGCCCUUAACCCUGUCUGCUCCAGGGGCGCCGUAAAAAUGGCUGACCCUGCGCUCUGACCCCUGCCUACCAACAGAAGCUGGGAUAUGCGAAGAAUUAAGUGUAUGACUGUGUAUGUGACAAAUAAAAUGUUUUAAUUUGAACUUGGA